AUGAGGGCGGCACGCACGACGAAGGGCCUCGUCGAGGCUGCCAGGCAGUGUCUCUCGGAGGGCACGUUUGCGCCGGAAAAGGCGGCCGAGCUCCUUCAAGCUGCGGUUCAGCAGGACCCCACGUAUGUGCAUGCGCUCGUGUUGCGGUCCACCUUGGCCUCUCGCCUCGGCCACCUAACGUCGGCCCUCGCCGACAUGUCACUCGCGAUUGAGGUGGACAAGGGCAGCAAUGACCCGCGCCGCCUCGCGUCCCUCUACGGAGGCCGGGCAAGCCUGUCCUACCGCAUGGGCCGGUACGCGGACGCCGUUACCGACCUGCGCAGCGCGCUGCGGUGGGAGCCGGAUAAUGGAAUGUGGUGCUACGAGCUUGGUCGCGUGCACAUGCAGCAGGGAUGCGUGAGCCUCGCGCAGUGCUGCCUCCAGCAGACCCUGCAGGAGCCGAUGUGGUCUCGCGUCAACGAAGCAACGCGGCCGAAGGUGUACGCCCUGUACGGCCGCAGCUGCCUCAGAAGCCGCGAGUACAAGAAGGCAAAGAUGUUGCUUGGCAAGUCUGUCGAGUUAGGAGGGGAGGGGCCCGCCUCCGUGCUGCACGACAUGGGACUUGCUUACUACUUCGAGGGUGCCUCCCUUGUUCCGGCGGUUGAGUGCCUGACGCGGGCGACGGAGAUGGACGCACAACCGCUGGAGUACCCCAUGCACCUUAGCCUCGCACUCGUGCGCAGAAAGCGGUACGCCGAAGCACUGUCCAGGAUGAAUGAGGCGGUCCUGCGAGGACAGCAAGAGCACUGCCUCCGGUUCUACCGUGGCUGCAUCGAGAUGGAGUUGGGCAUGGGUCCGCAGGCGCUCAUCGACUUGCAAGCAUCUACAGCGAUGGAAAAAGUCAGGCAAGAACCAGGGGGAACGACACCGCAGAAGACCGCCGCGCACGCGUGCCUUGCCAUGGGGCUGACUCACAUCUUCUGCAACAAGGACCUCCCCUCCGCGGCAGCGUCCCUUGAGUCCGAGGCGCUGCAGCAGACCCGAGAGGUGUCGAUCCGGUUAUGCGCUGGUUUGCUACUCGGGAUUGUGCGUCACGAAGGGGGCGACCGGCACGCAGCGCUUCGUGCGCUGCAGAACACGCUGCAGGUUCUGAGGGAGACCGCUUGCGGCAACUGCAGCGGGGGCGGUGACGAGGAGCCGCCCUCGCACAUGAGCAAGCUGCCAGUGUGCGUGGCAGAUGUGGGGAUACUGACACACACACACCUUGGACUCGUGUACAGCGAUUACGGCUACACCGACCUCGCCGCACGCCACUUCCGCGAGGCUCGCCAACGCUCCUCCCAGCAUCACUGCGACGCCGCUCAGAGGGACAUCUGCUUCUUCCGACUUGCUGUGUCGGAGGUGGAAGUGAAGGACCACCUAGGAGCGCUGCAGACGCUGCGAGCCAGACCCUUCAGCGAAGGCGAGCCAUCUACACCGACGACCGACCAACCCUCACCGCCGCUCGCAGGCGCAUCCCAGAGCAACUCCACCCCUAGAGAGAUGGCCGACGUCAAAGAACCUAGCAUUGAGUCGUCGGCAGAGCGUGCGAAGCACGAGUCGCAGACGGCUCGACCUAUGAGCACCUCCCUUGCUGCGUGCCAUCGCGUGUUGCCGGGAGAGGUGGAGCACCUGCACGCCGUUAUUCUCAGACGGCUGGGUCGACUGCCACUGGCGCUCUCCUGGGCGACCGCCGCGAUCGAGGCUAGUCAGAGUGGGGCCGGUGAAAUCUCCUCCACCGCCACCUUGGCUGGUGGACGGGCGGUGCCCGCCUUGCUUUACAACCGCGCGCUGGUCUUCUUUUCUCUAGCCCGCUAUGCGGAGGCGCUGGCGGACGUGCAGGAGUGCACUCGUGCUUGCAGCGAGGUCGAGCGCGCAGUGGCGCUUGGUGCUGAGGCGGCUGACCCCUACUACCUGCAGGGUCGCAUCCAUCACUCCCUCGGUGAGCACGGUGCCGCUCUUGAUAGUCUCACCGAGGCGCUGAAGCUUAACCCCUCGCUGCAGCGCACUCCGCCCUUCGCGUAUGCGUACGGUGUGCUGCUCGCGAUUGCGGGGCGACUCAGCGAGGCCCUCGCAGCUUUCACUGAUGCUAUCAUCGCCCAUACCGAGGAGGCUGCUGCGGCGGCCACGGCACGCGGGGAAGAGCCCCCGCUCUUGGGUGGUGGGACGGAGUGCGCGCCGCUUGGGUACCAUCAUGAGCGUGCGAAGAUAUAUCAGCAGCUCGGCAACUACGCAGAUGCCCUGAGGGACUACAACGUGGUUCUGGGAUGCGCCCCAGGCGCACCGCUGACAGCGCCCCUUGCAGGCGACACGUCGACCAUGACGUGCCCCUCAGCCUGGAACGCGCUGGUGAACCGCGCACUCACGCUAAAGGAGCUGAAGCGGUACGACGAGGCAGCGAUGGACUGGAAUGCUGCCCUGCGCAGCGAUCGGAGCGGUCUCCUUGCCACCUUAACGAGUCACGACGUGUACGAGCUGCCGUACAUGCACCUGUGCUUGCCUGGCGAGGAGCUGACUACUGUAGCGGUUGAGGAGCCGGUGUAG